CAUCCUGUAUAAGCCUUCCAGAUAUUCAACCAUGUAUCCUCAAGAAACUGAUGUCUAUAUGAAAUAUGUUCAAAUAUAGCCAAAGCAGUGAGGUCUUCAGACCAUGGCGUGGGUAUUUAUCCAUCAGGUCUCAAAGCAUCUUAGCAAUCAUAAGGACUCACAAAAUCCACUUUUGUUGUCCUGCUAUUAAUCCCCAUACUACAAAAAGAAAAAUUGUAGUACAUAAAAGAUUUCACCAUUACAAAACUGAUACACACAACACAACUUCAGACCAAAAAGUAAAUAUUACUGGACCACACCAUACACUUCAAGGAGGCAUUUCAACAUUACACCUCCAACAUCUGUCUGCAUUGGCCUGUGGCUUCCUAUACCAAAAAUAGUGUUUUUGCUGGAUCGAACUUGGUUUCAAAUCUAAAUAAACACUCUUGUUUAUAUUCUAAAGCAAUUUCCCAUUGUUUAGGCUGUAUUCAAAUCCCCUGUUUGACACCUCCCUAAGUUCCUGUACUUCGACUGGUCAUUUUUUCCUCAGAGGGCAAACAGGCAAAUUUAGCAGGGGAUCAAAUACUUCCUCCCCCCUCACUGUACAUAGAUACAUUAAGCAUCUGUAAACAAGAGUUUGGCUUUUUGUAAGGAUCCACCAAUACCCUCCAGCAAUCUGGAAGCUGCUGCAGGACUCGAAGCAGAUGGUCCAUAAACAAGUGAUGUGAUUGAAGAUACAGUACUGUCAUCUGGCACUCACCAGUAACUGAUGUUCAGAUUGUAAAGUAGGAAAUGACAAAAGCAUUGCAUUUGAGCUUAUCAGGCGAUCUAAUGUACAUAUCCCACAUUCAACCCAUUGGUUCUACAAACACAAGGCUGCCUAUCUUCACAUUUGAGUUACCAAUAAAGUUAAUUUAGCAUGAGAAUAUGGGUCAAAUAGUAACUGACGAGAAAUAAACGCUGUGUCUCUCUAGCUGCCAAAACUGAAAGCGGUAUAGGCCCUUUUUAUUAUGUGUAUGCCUUCAAAUAUGUCCUCUGCAAAGCGCUAGACGUCUUGUAAGUGAACGCAACUCUGAAAUCCCAGAUCGCGCUGUUCAUUCAAGUGACAUAGCGGUGUCUGCAGCAUAUUGCGUUUCCUUGGGCCACUGACGUUUUCGCAACUAUAAAAAUUCAGCACGUUGGGAGCCGGGCGCCUAUCCGCUAUUUACAUGGAAUAAACCCCUAAAUCCGCACGUGCCGCUAUCUUGGGUGACUAGGAAAUGGGCGGGAGUUGCUUCCCGCUAGAUGGCAUCAGCGCCUCUCUAUACUUCUAUAUGAUUUUUUUGGGUUUUUUCCCUGGGAUUCGCCGCGAUUGUCAAGUUCAUUUUCCUCUUUUGUAGCUGCGGUUAGGAACCGCGCUUCAUGAGCGAUUCGACCAACCACUCUCCGAUGGAGGCAAAACUGCGGCUAGGUGUGUAAAGGAGCCGCGGAAGUGCAACUUAAGCUUAAGCGGUCCCGAGCGGUUUCUAAGGGCGAGAAAUCCUCGACGGAGCACCCGCGCUUGGCAAGCCUAGUAAAUCUCGAAGCGGCGGGUACGGGCACCGGGGUUGGCAGAGGGAGGAUCAUCCACGGGACUUCCGACGGCGACUUCCCUGCCAUCCAUCCUCGAGUUCAAAACAAGGUCUGCUGAACGGUUUCGCUGGCGGACGGAAGACCCCCUUUCCGCGCCGGGCAGGUGCAAGAAAGCGGAUGUCGUCCCUCUUUCGGCGCUGCGGGAAGGCCGCCCGCCCCCGCCCCCGCCCCGCGGCCAGACCCAGAUCAAUGGAGCCGCUCCGCCGUCGGGGCUCCGCCCCCCGCGCCUGCCUUUAAAAGGCAGCCGCGGCUCGCUCUGCUCCUUUAGCCGGUCUGGCUUGUGGCCGUCUAGCGCGCGCACCCAGCUGCCUUCUCGCGGGCGCCCCACCAUGGGAUGGGCCUGCCCCGCUGCCCGCCCCGUCCCGCUGCCCCGGCCGCUCCUGCCGCCCUCCCGACCAGCAGCAACAUGACUUCCUACGGGCCCUACGAGGGGCGCUUCAACUGCACGCCCAUGGCGCUGCUGAGCGCCGCGGCGGCGGGCCGGGAGAAGGGCAACGCCACCAGCCCGGAGGUGUGCGGCUCGGUGUCGGUGGUCUUCGCCCUGACCAUGAUGACCACGGGCCUGGUGGGCAACGGGCUGGCGCUGCUGCUGGUGUACCGCGCCUACCACAAGAAGCAGAACGCGCGCAAAAAGUCCUUCCUGCUCUGCAUCGGCUCCCUGGCCCUGACCGACCUGACCGGGCAGCUCCUCACCAGCCCCAUCGUCAUCGCCGUCUACCGGGCCGGCCGCGACUGGCGGGCGGUGGACCCUUCCCUGCGCCUGUGCACCUUCUUCGGCCUCAGCAUGACCGUCUUCGGGCUGUGCCCGCUCUUCAUCGCCAGCGCCAUGGCCGUCGAGAGGACCUUGGCCAUCCGCGCGCCCCACUGGUACUCGGCCCACAUGAAGACGCGCGUCACCAAGGCCGUCCUGCUCAGCGUCUGGGUGGCCGUGCUGGCCUUCGCCUGCUUGCCCGUGGUGGGCGUCGGGCGCUACGCCCUCCAGUGGCCCGGCACGUGGUGCUUCAUCAGCGCCCGGGAUCAGGGGGGUCCCCACGUGGGCAACGUCAUCUUCGCCUCCACCUUCGCCUUCCUGGGCCUCUUCUCGCUCGCCGUCACCGUGGCCUGCAACUUGGCCACCAUCGUCGCCCUGGUGUGCCGCUGCCGCUCCAAAAACUCCGCGUCUCAGUCCAGGAGGCAGUGGGGCAGAAUCACCAUGGAAACCUUGAUCCAGCUGCUGGGGAUCAUGUGUGUCCUCUUUGCCUGCUGGUCGCCGCUCUUGAUUAUGAUGCUGAAAGUGACGUUCAACCACACCUCUAUGGAUCAUUGCAGAGAAUCCUGCAACUCCACCCGAAGCACAGAACUGCAGACAGAGUGCAAUUUCUUCUUGACCGCUAUCCGCUUGGCCUCACUGAAUCAGAUCUUGGACCCCUGGGUUUACCUGCUGCUUAGGAAGAUCCUGCUGCGAAAGUUUUGCCAGUUGGCAAGUGCCAUCUCCUGCCGCUCCCAGGAGGGAUGGAAAGGGCGGCACAUCAUGUUGUCAGACAAAAUCAGGCGCACACCGUGAAGCAGGUUGCAUGCCAACAACUUUCCUUGCACCGCCACCUUACUGUGAAUAUGGGCAUCCAUGUUCUGUCCGUUUCCCUCUGUAACUGAAUGGCAAGGACAUAAUAUAUUCCAUGGACUAGUAUUUUCAGUGUCUGCCAGAAAUUGUUAACUUAUAAUGAUAUAUCUAAGAAACCUGCCCGUCUUUUGAAAUCCAUAGCUAAGAGUGCAGCUUUUUGUGUACGUCCAAAGACAUCGCAGGGAUUUUUCCUACUGCAUGGGAGAAGAACCUGCCAUUUAAAAAUCAGAACUUUGACUGUAUAUUCAGUGGCAAUUAAGUUAUUGAAGACUCAACAUUUGUUUGACUCUAAAAUUAUUGUCAGAAAUUUCCUUUGUUUCUGGUCUUCUUUUUGACUCACCGAUUUGACCGAAAAGGAAGGAUAAUCCUUUUUCAUGCUGAUUCCAGAAGAGAGGGAUAGGGUGGGAGUUGAGGAAUCAAAAAUGCUAUGGUGUGUGUGUUAAUGGCUUGUGUCCUUUCCUUAAAGUUGGGAAAGUAGCAAGAGGCCUGUCAAAUGCAUGGAGUCACCACACUAAUUACUCAUUUUCAAUAAACACUAAAGGUCUUUUUCAAAUGGUAGUUUGUUACCUGUUGUAUAUUUUCACUUGUUUAUGCAAGUUGCCCUUGUUAUUUGCUGCUGCAGAGAAUCCAUGUGUCUACUCUCAUGUGAAGAAUUUAUGUUCUGGAGAAAGCACAUUGUCCUAAUAUUCAAACUACAGCAUUUUGCCUCUGAAAAAAACUGUUGCUUCUAUAUUAGGAUUCUUGGCCCUGGAAAGGCAGUGCUUUUCUUCAAUCUAUUAGAAGCAGAAAUAAACUAGCGGUUCCACAAGGCACUUACUAUACAGUUAAUUAACCCCUUUUCAGAUUAUCAUAAAUACUCUGUUAUACCUCAUCUAAGUAAUAGUUAAGAUUAUGAUGAUGUAUUAGAUUUAUACCUCACACUUUCCUCCAAAGGAGCCCAGGGUUUACUUCUGCGUAAGCAUAAUAGAAAAAUGUCCUGUUCAGGAAAGACCACCUGCAACUUUAAUUAGAAGAUUCCUCCUUGCAGCUUCUACCUCUAACUGCCUCCUGUUCAGUGUAUUUCUAGCUUCAUUUCUGACUUUUGAUGAAAGGCCUUGUAUCUAGCUAGUUCUUCUCUCAACUACUUUUCUUGUAAAAGAGAGAAAUGAGUGGGAACUGCUCUCUGCACUCUCAUGUUAACUCUGUGUUGAAAAUAAUCUGCUCAGUGUGAAGUAAGUAUCAUGGGAAUGUCAAACAUGGGCAGUUUAUUUUAUUUUAUUCAGGUAUUUUUGGGUAUUAUUUUAAAGUCACAUUAGCAUGUAUCUUUAAAAUUGCUUUAGCAAUGUUCUCUCCCAUUUUAUAUGUGUUUGAGCUGCUUCAUCUACCAUGAGGGGAGGUAGUCUUCCUGAAAAUAAAUUGCUUGUAAAUAGUA